AUGCCGAAAAAGGGCGGAAAGAAGGAGGCGGGAGGAGGCGAGGAGCCGAAUCCAUUCGCGGAUGUGCUAGCUCAACCAGAAAAGGUCCUAGAGUUCGUCACAAUCAAGGAGAAGCUAGACAAGUCCAUCAAAGCUCAGCAGGACCUCCAGGAGGAGAACAAGAAGCUCAAGGAAGAGCUCCAGCUCCAGCAGCUCGAGCAGCGCGACCUGUACACCUUCCUGAACAAAGAGAUCGUGACCAAGAGCUCAACGAUAGCAAAGCUCGAGGCGCAGGUGAAGGACUUGGAAACCCAGCUACAGAGCGAUCAGGCAGUGGUGGAGGAGAAGCACAACGAGGAGAAGGAGCUGGCGAAGGAGAUCACGGCGAAGUUGGCCAAGGAGGUGGGGAGAUAUGAGAAGGAGCUAUCGGAUCUCAACGUGUUCAUUGAGAAGAAGCACCACAUCGAAAAGGAGCUCGAAAACGCCCAGAACGACCUCGCACGUGAGAAGAAGAAGCAUGAGCAAGUGGUGGCGGAGCUCGAGAGGAAGACUGUGCAAGAGAAGGCGGCCCUUCGAAGGGAGAUGGAGCUCAAGAUCGAGGAAGUUAAGGCGACCUUCACGAAACUGACUGACAACCAGCUCAAGUCCAGAACGAAGCAAACGAUGCAGGAGAACGAGAAAAUUUCGGCCGAGCUGGUGUACCAGAACAAAGAGUCUCAGAAGAUCUUACAGAAGAACAUCAAGUUCGAGGAAGAGAACCGUAUGCUCCGGCGAGAUCUCGAGCUCCACAAGCAGACUGAGGCAGAGCUGGUGAAGAGGAACCAUGCGUACAUGAAGACCAUCAAGACUUUGCUGGGCAAGGUCAAGACCUUGGAAGGAGCGAGACAAGAGAACGAGAAGGAGAGCAAGGCGAGAGUCGACGACGCUGAGGGCAAGUGCAGGGAGCAAGUGAGCGGCUUGCAGAGGGAUUUUGAGGAGGUCAAGAGGGAGCUGGAGGAGACGAAAAGGGAGCUGGAGGCCAAGACGGUUGAGCUCUUCCGCAUCGAGACGCUUCAAGACGAACUUGUGGAAUUCCUCGCGAAGGCUGCGAACGAGAUCAAAGAGCAGUACAUCGAAACACGAGGAGAGGAUGCCUGGCUGGAAGAGAGCAGUCUGCCCGAGCUUGCUGAGUCUGGUUGGAGGCCUGAGGACGCUCUUCCACCGCGUCUCGAUGAGCUGAACCUCAUCGAGCGCGAGCGCGUCCUCCGAUUCCUCAUCCAGCGAGUUCACGAGCAGCAGGCGAGUGGGCACGAGUGA